AUGACUUGUCCAUGGUUUGUCGACCAUGGAAAUAACAAGAACAUCACAAUUGGCAAAUGCAACCUGUACCAAACUGGCAGCACAAUCCAUAAGGCACAGGCAGCCCAGAACCCAGUCAGCGAGCCACAGAAAAUAGUUAUAACCAACAAACAUGGUGAAAAGCUUGUGGGGUUGUUGCAUGAAACCGGUUCUAAAGAGCUUGUGAUCUUGUGCCAUGGAGCCCGAUCCCACAAGGGAGACAAUAUUAUGACUAAACUUGCUCUUGCAUUGGAAAAUGAUGGAAUUAGUGUUUUCCGCUUCGAUUUUGCUGGAAAUGGAAAAAGUGAAGGUACCUUUCAGUUUGGUCACUACUGGAAAGAGGUUGAUGACUUACAUGCUGUAGUCCAACACUUACUCCAGGACAAACCUACAGUAAGUGCAAUUCUUGGCCACAGUAAAGGAGGGGAUGAGGUGCUUCUGUAUGCUUCAAAAUAUGGCGACGUUCGCACGGUUGUCAAUGUUUCUGGACGCUAUGAUCUGAACGGAGGCCUUGAGCUACUCUUAGGGAAAAACUUCAUGGAAAGGAUACAGACGCAAGGAUAUCUGGAUAUUAAGGAUAAGACAGGAACUUUUGAUUGUCGUGUGACGGAGGACAGUUUGCUGGAUCGCAUGAAUACUAACAUGCAUGAAUCAUGCCUUGAGAUUAGCAAAGAUUGCCGGGUAUUGACUGUCCAUGGAUCUGAUGACGACGUGAUCCCCGUAGGAGAUGCACUGGAGUUUGCCAAGAUAAUACCUAACCACAAGUUACACGUUAUAGAAGGAGCUGAUCAUUAUUAUAGCUCUCACCAAGCCGAGUUAGCAUCAACUAUUUUGGACUUCCUUAAGGCAGCUUUCCAAGAGGACAAGACUACUUCCAACUAGAUACUGUAUGCCAAACAGUAUAUAAGUUCCACAAGGUUAUUGCCUUUCAUUGUUUAUGGAAAAUGUCAUUAUAUCAGACAAUAUGGAGUCGUGCUUUUCCCUUUACUGUGCUUAAUAACAUAAUCUUCUUGUGUGAUAA